GUCUGUUCUGUCCACCUGCACUUCGUUAGAGAGAAGCGUGCUCAGAGGCAACACCACAAGAGCCCACAGUGACAUAACUUCAUCCAGAGGCUGGCGUGAUUGGGCUGGUCCUCCCCAACCCCCACCCUCCUCAGCUCUUGUAUCACUGAGAGUCUGGCAGCCAGUUCCACCCUGACAGAGUUCACAGCAUAUAUUAGUGGAACCUUGUUCACAGUGCGUCUGUUUAAGGAAUUAACGGAAACAGUGUCAGGAGAGUAAGGGCACAGAGGACUUGCUGAAAAUGAAUGUAUGUACAUUCACUCUUGUCUUGGCAUUUGUCGGUAGUGUCAGUGGCCAAUACUAUGAUUAUGAUGCCCCUCUCUUCAUGUAUGGGGAACUGUCACCCAACUGUGCACCAGAAUGUAACUGUCCCCACAGCUACCCAACUGCCAUGUACUGCGAUGAUCUCAAGUUGAAAAGUGUGCCCAUGGUGCCCCCUGGCAUCAAGUACCUUUACCUGAGGAAUAACCAGAUCGACCAUAUUGAUGAAAAGGCCUUUGAGAAUGUAACGGAUCUGCAGUGGCUCAUUCUUGACCACAAUCUUCUAGAAAACUCCAAGAUCAAAGGAAAGGUCUUCUCUAAGCUGAAACAACUGAAGAAGCUGCAUAUAAACUACAACAAUUUGACCGAGUCCGUGGGUCCACUUCCAAAGUCCCUACAAGACCUGCAGCUGGCCAAUAAUAAGAUCAGCAAGUUGGGUUCCUUCGAUGGGCUGGUAAACCUGACCUUCAUUUAUCUUCAACACAACCAGCUCAAAGAGGAGGCUGUCUCGGCUUCUCUGAAAGGCCUUAAGUCACUCGAGUACCUCGACUUGAGCUUCAAUCAGAUGAGCAAGCUGCCUGCUGGUCUUCCAACAUCUCUUCUAACUCUCUACCUAGACAACAAUAAGAUCACCAACAUUCCUGAUGAGUAUUUCAAUCGCUUCACCGGGCUACAAUACUUGCGUUUAUCUCACAAUGAGCUGGCUGACGGUGGUGUGCCUGGAAACUCUUUUAACAUAUCAUCUCUGCUCGAGCUCGAUCUCUCCUACAAUAAGCUCAAGAGUAUACCAACCGUUAACGAGAACCUUGAAAACUAUUACCUGGAGGUCAAUCACCUCGAAAAGUUUGAUGUCAAGAGCUUCUGUAAAAUCCUGGGACCACUAUCUUACUCCAAGAUCAAGCAUUUGCGCUUGGAUGGCAAUCCCCUCACUCAAAGCAGUCUGCCCCCUGACAUGUACGAGUGUCUACGUGUAGCGAAUGAAAUCACGGUUAAUUAACCUCCUCUCAUUCUAAUACAUUGAAGUAUGUUCCAGAGCAGUACUUCAUGGAUGGGUAUUUGCUGGAUGUGUUAAAGUUUUCACAAUAUCCUUUACAUUGUCAUUGUCAUUGUUGUUGUUGGUAUUACUUCAUGGAUUUUAAUUAAUAAAGGAAAUGUUUUGUGAACAUUUACCACUUUUUAAAUAAAAGAUGAAAAGCAGGCCUAUUUCAUCGUGAGAACAGACACAUAAAACCCGUUAAACUUAAGUCUAUUUGUGAAUUUAAUGUUUUCUACAGCUCUAUGUUCAGGUGAUUAUGAAGCCUUUUUACUGAUUGCUUGGAAGUCCACCAGGCUUCUAUGGUUCCCCACGUUUUACAUUAGUGACUUCGAAAACAUGAAACAAACAUGCAUGGAUGUUUGUUAUCCUAAUCCAAAUUUUCGUGACAUGUCAAGUUUGUUUUACAGAAGUUUAGAUCCUGUGUUUUGAAACCAGUGAUUUGCAACAGACCAAAGAAAAUUACUGAAGACCUAUCUACUUAAAGAAAUGUACUUAGCAGUAAGAAUUUGUCCAGUUACUUAAUGAAACUUUUCUUGAGUCAUUUUCCUGUCAUGUCUAUGUUUCUUUCUGAUUGUUUGCAUGUUAUGAUUAACAAACUGAUAGCAAAAUAAAACAAUGCAAAUGGUA